GGACUGCCUCCUGACGUUGCGUUUGAUUGCUUUGUCCAUGCCUGCAUUGUGAUCAAGCUUACUGAGCCCUUCCAUCAUCUUGAUACUCAACGCAGAGCAUGGGUCCAGAUGAACUACGAUACGUUAAUGCAUACGGUCUUGUCUGUGCCUUGA